UGUGAAUGAAAGUAAAAUGAUUAUAUCACGAGAUAACAGUAUUAUUGACAAUGAAUUUAUUGCGCCACAAAGAUACUCUUGGGAUAAAAAAGAAAAAUGGCAAAAUGAAAAUUUUGAUUAUGAUAUAUUAUUAGAUGAAACAUUUCAAGAAAACUAUAAAUCAUUUGAAAAUUUAUCUCAAGCGGAUACAAUUAGUGAAGAUUUAACUCAAGGAAGUUCUAAUAUAUUAUUAGAAGAAUCAUCUCAAGUGAGCUGCUCUUAUACAUUAAUUGAAGAUUCAGACCAAGAAAGUCUUAUAUCAAUUGAUAGUCAGUCUCGUGCAAGCUUUGAUAACCACAAGCAACUACAUGAUUCAGCAAUACAGCAAGUUAAAAAAAACUGGCAAUUUAUUCGUAAUAUUAUAGAAAAACGGCAUAAAACCAAACGCAUAUUAACUUUAAAUCUAG